AUGCCUGACAGGACAUCGAACGAUGUCAAGCCGUUAAAGAUCAUCAUCAUCGGCGCUGACAUUGGCGGCCUCGCUCUCGCUCAGUUGCUCAUGUCGGCGCCAGGGACCCACGUUACAUGCUACGAACGUAGUGACGGCGUCAACGAUCACAUCGGGUAUUGCGUGAUGCUCACGGGUUCGACGCUGGCGAUGCUAAAGCGUAAGCUAACUAAAGAGGUCUGGGCACACCUUGCACUUAGCAUUGGAGAGGCGCCUGAGGGGGGCGAGAAGGUUGAAUUUUUUAAGGGAAAUGGCGACAAGAUGUUUGUUUGGGACUCAAACCCCAUGAAGGACCAGUUUGCAGUUUCGAGGUGGCAGCUAAAGGAAGCUCUUCUGCACCAGGCAAAGCCAAUUCUUAGGGUACGCCACGCCUUUGAGCGCUAUGAGCUUCUGCCGAAGGGGGGAGUAAGAGUAUAUUUUAGUAAUGGAACUGCUGAUGACUGCGACCUCAUCGUAGGCGCGGACGGCUCUGACUCGAAUGUCAAGAAACAAUUCAUGCCUAACGCUGGUAUUAAGGACGUGGGUAUGGCAAUUAUUUACUUCAAGAUUCCCCUCACAGAAGAAUCCAUGGGGUUGUUAGGGUCCCCUGUCAGAUCAAUGAAUCCCCUCAUCCCUUAUGCAACGCGCUACACAUCUUCCACCAUUGAGCCCGACGAGUCCUUCAUUAUGUUCGGCGGAGGUUCCCCAGUCUCAAAUUUCGACAACCGCCGCUGCGCCCCUAAUAACCUCCGUCCCGCAGAACUCAAGGCUGAGGUCAUCUCGCGCACCUCUAAAACCGGCAUCCACCCACGCUUCGCCAUGCUCGCCCAAAUGGCGUGCAUAGACACAGCACAUGUGUUUCUGGUCCGCAAAUGCGAUGUCGUGCACCCCUGGGUCUCACAGAACGUCACCCUCCUCGGCGAUGCCGUCUUCAACAUGAGCAACAUCCUAAGUAGGGGGGCAAAUUGCGCUCUCCUCGACGCUGUGAAUCUCGCUGAGCACAUCACCUCGCCCACGUAUGACCGGAGCUCGUCUACCAGCCUAGACGCCUACGUGAAAGAUAACAUAGACCGCCGUCAAAACGAGCGUUACCGCUCGUGCCUGUUGCAGAAGGCCAUGUUCUCUUGCCAGAACCGCUUCAUGGAGUUUUUGCGGAACAAGACGCUACCGCUCGCGCUUCGUAAGAUUGACGACCGAGAUCGCGAGGAGCAUAAUGUGGCCGAGACGUGGGUGGCGAAUGAGCAGAACGACUUACUGCAGUCGGAGAGGGAUCCGGAGUGGGUAGAGGAGCUGCGGUGGGAGGAGAUCUAUGAGGAGCGGCAUGGCAUCAAGAGGAUUAGGGGCAGCUAG